CCCAGAGUUAGUUUGGUAGUUCAGGUUAGUCACCUGACGUAGCGAAGUUUCAGUUUCGUGGUCUCUGAGCAUAUAAACUAAAGCAUCCAGGGCUUUUUCAGCAUUUCAUGAACCCGUCUUCUAGUCAUGGCUGUAAUCUCUGUUGUUGUUUUGCUUUUAGCUGCUUUUCACCACGGCGAUGGCACCUUGCGCUUUGCUUCCUAUUAUGGAGACCAUAUGGUGCUGCAGAAGUCCCCACAGAGAGCGGUCCUGUGGGGUUACGGCCCUGAGGGGGAACAGGUCACGGUCUACCUGACGGGGCCCUUUCCACAGAAAGUCUCAUCGCCCCCCGUGACAGAAGGCAUUUGGCAAGUCACCCUUGAACCUGUUGAUGCUGGUGGUCCCUACAAUGUACAAGCGGAGUCUGAGAGCAGCAAAUGUAACCUGACAGAUGUGCUGUUUGGAGACAUCUGGCUGUGUGGAGGCCAGAGUAACAUGUAUUUUAAAACCUCUCAGAUUUUCAAUGCAUCUGAGGAGCUGGCCCUCUCAUCUAAAUAUCCACAUGUAAGGCCUUUUAUGGCAUCUUUGAACAUGAGUAAAACUGAGCGGAUUGAUCUAAUCCAAGUGGAAAUACCCUGGUCCGUCCCCACCGCCAGUGUCCUGGCAGAGUUUUCUGCGGUGUGCUGGCUCUUUGGGCGUUACAUGUAUGAUACGCUGAAGUACCCCAUAGGACUGGUGGAGUCAUGUUGGGGAGGCACACCAGUAGAAGCCUGGUCAUCCUCAAGAGCCCUAAAGCAGUGUGGACUGCAGCAAAGUGAGGACGGUUCUUUGAUGGACAACACUGUUUUGUGGAAUGCAAUGAUCCACCCAUUCCUCAAUAUGACCAUCUAUGGAGCCAUCUGGUACCAGGGUGAGGCGAAUGCAGAGUACCAUAAAGACAAGUACAACUGCUCAUUUCCUGCUAUGAUAAAUGACUGGAGGAUGGCAUUUCACCAAGGCUCAGGGCAGCAGACUGCUCUUGACUUUCCAUUCGGAUUUGUCCAACUAUCCACCUAUAAAAACAACUCCACAGAUGACGGCUUUCCAGACAUUCGUUGGCACCAAACGGCAGACGUGGGCUUUGUCCCAAACAGCAGGAUGAAGAACACCUUUAUGGCAGUGGCUUUGGAUUUACCUGAUAAAACGUCACCAUAUGGCACAAUCCAUCCCAGAGACAAACAGGACGUUGCCCUUAGACUAACACUGGGUGCCAGAGCUGUGGCUUAUGGGGAAACAGGCAUACCCUUCCAAGGACCUUUCCCAAAGCAAAUCCUACCAAUUGAAAUGUCAAUCAUCAUCAUCUACGACCAGGUGGUCUCUGUGACGUCAUCUAAAAACAUGUUUGAGAUCUGUUGCUCAGAGAAGAAUGUGUCAUGUGAGCCCAAGUCCUUUUGGUUUCCGGCUGCCAUCGUAGAUUGGAAUCAAACCAGUAUCCAGCUGUUUGCUGCCCAGUGUCCAGUAUCUAAAGUUGCUGCUCUUAGAUAUGCAUGGAGAGACUGGCCCUGUGAAUUUAAAGCAUGUCCUGUUUACGAUGCCAGUGGGAAUUUACCAGCGCCUCCUUUUAUCACCAAUCGAUACACAGGCAAUCAAAAUAUUUGGAAAAGCACCUGAACAGGAAGCUGAGAAAUAAAUAGAUUUACAUUGA